AUGGGUGUGCCCAGAGCCACGAACUGGUCUGCAAUCUGGAAGGCAAGCUCUCUAGUAGGCGUCAGUACGAGCGCAAAGAUGCCGUACGGAUCUUCAGCGAGCGCUUGCAAGAUUGGCGUGGCGAAUGCGAUGGUCUUGCCUGAACCUGUCUGCGCCGAGCCAAUACAGUCCCUGCCUUGGAGUAUUGGCGGUAUGCAAGCCGCUUGGACUUCUGUUGGCUUGCGGAUCGACAUGGAGUCGAGUGCCCGGCACAGAAAGGGCUCGAGACCCAGCGAGUCGAAGGACAUGGCGCAGAGGGCUCGCUGAAUGGGUCGCAGAGUUCGAGUCGAGCAGUCGCCAAAAUUCUUUGAGCCAACUGUCGAGCUGAACUUGUUCGCAAGGCACGCAGGCAAGCAUGGCAGGACGAAUGCCGAUGGGCAUGGGCCAGCCGACAGUGAUCGUGCUGAGAGAGGGGACCGAUACAUCGCAAGGUACACCGCAGCUGCUGAGCAACAUCAAUGCAUGCAUAGCAGUCGCCAACACGGUCGCCACGACGCUCGGUCCAAGAGGGAUGGACAAACUCAUCGUCGACGCAAGAGGACAAGCGACCAUCUCGAACGAUGGAGCAACCAUCUUACGCCUGCUCGAAGUCGUUCAUCCCGCCGCGAGAACGCUUGUCGACAUCGCGAGAGCACAGGACGCAGAAGUGGGGGACGGCACGACCUCUGUCACCCUCCUCGCUGCCGAGUUGCUCAGGGUCUCCAAAGAGUUUGUCGAGGAGGGCGUCAGUCCUCAUGUCAUCGUCAAAGGCUAUCGGAGAGCCGCGCAACUUGCCGUUCAACGCGUCAAAGAGCUAGCCGUCAAAAUUGACAAGACUGAUGAGACCCGCUUCCGAGACCUUCUCAUGAAAUGUGCAGCAACCUCGAUGUCUUCCAAAUUGAUACAUUCACAGAAGCCUUUCUUCUCAAACAUGGUCGUCGACGCCGUUCUCACCUUGGAUCAAGUCGAUCUAGACGAGAAUCUGAUCGGCAUCAAAAAGAUCCCAGGUGGGGGCAUGCAAGACUCGCUCCUUGUCAGGGGCGUUGCGUUCAAGAAGACUUUCUCGUACGCCGGCUUCGAGCAACAACCAAAGUCAUUCAAGAACCCGAGCGUGCUAUGUCUCAAUGUCGAGCUCGAGCUGAAAGCAGAACGAGAUAAUGCCGAAGUCAGGAUCGAUCAGGUUGAUGAUUAUCAAUCGAUCGUCGAUGCAGAAUGGCAGAUCAUCUACAACAAAUUGGAAGCGAUAGCAGCAACGGGUGCCAAAGUCGUCCUGUCUCGCUUACCGAUUGGCGACCUGGCCACCCAAUACUUUGCAGACAGGGACAUUUUCUGCGCAGGUAGAGUUGCACAAGAUGAUCUGAAGCGAGUAGUGCAAGCCGUCGGAGGGCAGAUCCAGAGCACGACGAGCGAUAUACAUGAGAAGCAUCUGGGCAAAUGCGCGACUUUCGAAGAGAAGCAGAUCGGAAGCGAACGAUUCAAUUUCUUCGAAGGCUGUCAGGGUGCAAAGACGUGCACGCUCAUCCUCAGAGGUGGAGCUGAGCAAUUCAUUGCCGAAGUCGAAAGGAGUCUGCACGACGCUAUCAUGAUCGUCAGACGAGCGAUAAAAAACAACGCUGUCGUUGCCGGCGGUGGUGCGAUCGAGAUGGAGAUCUCAAAGUAUCUUCGCGAUCACUCGCGCACGAUUGAAGGCAAGCAGCAGCUCAUCAUCGGCGCAUUUGCUCGCGCACUCGAGAUCAUCCCACGACAGCUCUGCGACAAUGCGGGCAUCGAUGCGACAGAUGUGCUCAAUAAGCUUCGCAUGUUGCAUGCUCGUGGCGAUACUUGGGCGGGUGUCGAUGUAGAAAAUGACGGCGUGGCGAACAAUAUGGACAAAUUCGUCUGGGAGCCCGCACUCGUCAAGGUCAAUGCUAUAGAAGGUGCUUCGGAAGCAGCAACGCUCGUGCUCAGCGUCGACGAGACCAUUCGCAAUCCCAAAUCGGAGACGCAAUCGGGCGGUCCUCAGAUGCCUAGAGGUGCAGCGCGAGGUGCAGUACGCGGACGAAGAGGUCGUGCGUAAACUUGUCGAUAUAGCAAGCAACGUAUGGGAUACAACAUGCAUGUUCUGUCCUAGCCUC